GGGGCUUUGCUGCUGAUGCUCGAGGCUUUCGGAGCGGCAGCAUCCCCGCCCGGUGCUCGCCGCCGCAGGGAUGCAGCCGCACCAGGGCAGAGCUGCCCCCGGGGUUCGGGCUGUGCCGGGCCCGGCGGGGUUCGGGCACACCAAGGAUGAUCCCAGCCGGCACGUCCGGCCCCUGCCGCUGCCCCCCGUGCAGCAGAACCUGAAUUAUUACCCCCAAAUCUUUUGGGUGGAUGGCUGCGCUGAUGCAGGGGCUCCCUGCCCCCCGGCUCCUCCCGUGGCUCCUUUCCCACCGCCGGUUCCCGACAGGAGGAGAAAGCCUCGGAGCCCCAGGGAAAGGAGGAGCGUGGGAUCCCUCGUGAUGUUCCUGCUGAUCCUGGUGGCUUUCACCGGAGUGGGGCUGAGCAUAUUUAAGAUUUUUCACCUGGAGAAGGAGGUGGAAGAACUCAGAGAGUCGGCCAGCGCUGAGCACACCCCUCCAGCCUCUCAGAAACUCACAGGGCAGAAGGAGGAGCCCCCGAAAAAGGAGGUGAGGAGGGCAGCACAUUUAACAGGCAACCCAGCCCAGCAGGACCUCCCUCUGGAGUGGGAGCCCAUCUCUGGCCAUGCCUACACCAGUGGCAUCCAGUACCAGGAGCGGGGGCUGCUGAUCAGCGAGCCGGGGCUGUACUUUGUGUACUCCAAGGUGCUGUUCCGUGGCACUGCCUGUGACAGCCAGCUCCUGUCCCACGUCGUGUACAAGAGGAACCCGGCCUCUCCUGGCAGCCUGGUGCUCAUGGAGGACAGAGCCACCCACUUCUGCACGGGGCAGAGGAUGUGGGCCAGGAACAGCUACCUGGGGGCUCUCUUCAAGCUCAGGAAGAUGGACAGCCUGCAUGUCAAUGUCUCCAAAAUCGCCCUGGUCAGCUUUGAGGAGUCCAAGACUUUCUUUGGCUUGUUUAAGCUUUGAAAUGGAGUUUAAGAGGCAGCCCCUUCACACACACACACACACACACACACAGAGGGAUGUGUGAGGGCUGAGUGCUGCCUGGGCACAGCGGCACCACAAAAACCAUCCAGGAGUUGUGUUUGGGCUUCAGCACGAGGGCAUCCAAGCACCUUCUGCACCAGCCUGAGCAGAAUUGCAGAAUUGCACAUAUUCUCCUCACAAAAUCCCCACCAAACCCAGAAUGUGGCGUGCUGAAGAGCUCCCUCCUGAGAAGAUACUGCUGCCCGUGAUGUCACAGCCCUGCUGGGGACAGCUGGGGGGUGUGGAGAGGUGUGUGGGUCAUGCCACACCACAGACAGUGCUGUGGGGAUGAGCAGUGGGAGUUGCUGCUCCCCCCAAGCCAUGGCUGCCCCUGCCCAGCACUGUGACUGCUGCAGCACAGGCCCUUCCCUCCAGCUGGCCUGGGAUCGGUGCUGUGCUCACUUUGCGUUAAGUUAUAGACCCUUCCCAUCCCAGAAGAUGCUCCCCAGCCACUUUAUUUAACUCAUCCCAAGUGCCUUGCAAGAAGCACACCAGCAGUGCCAUGAGGACUGUCUGCCCCAGCUGAUGCAAAACCAGCACAGUGUCCCAGAAGUGACAAUUUCUGACCAGCACUGGGGUUUGAGGUGAAAGCAGCAUCUCAAUCCCCCUGCUGCCCUUUAAGCACACGAGGGCUCUCCAUGGUCUGCCACCCCCAACAGAUGCAGGUGGUGACAUGCUGGCACCUGCCAAUCCAUGACUUCCAUGCCAUGAGAUGUUCUGUCCUCAGGAAAACACAGAUGGCAAAUAUAUAUUUUUCUAGUCAGUGGUGCUGUCCUCUCCUCAUUUGGUGCUUCUGCCAUGGCCAAAGCACUGCAAAGCCAGGGCUCAGCACCUCAGUCCUCCUCCAGGAGCAGAAAUCUGGGAGCCUCAUCCCUCUUUGCUGCUGGCUUGGCAGUGUGCAGGGCCCUUUCCAUGAGGCUUUGGAGCUCCAGCAG